AUGGACAAAACAAGGAUGAAAACAGAUAAGGUGAGAUUAUACCGUGACAAAUGAUUCUAACAUGUUCAAUAAUUUUGUCUGACUGUAAUUGUAUUGUAGGACAUACAAAAUAUAUAGAUCGAUCGAUUAACAAAAUUGCUUCACGUUCCGAAAAUAUAUAUUAUUUUCUUCGAUGUUUGCGUGAAGGCAAUUCAUGAGAGGUUAGAUGGAUGCACAACGGUUGGAAAAUGAAUAAUUAUAUGUUUUUCAAACACUUGCAUCCUGAACAAUACUGACAGUGUCAAACGGUAAAAAAGCGGAACCAUUAGGAAACUAAUUAUAUGUAUUCUUCCGAAUUUUUGAAUAGAACAAAUUAAUUUCUAGCCAGAGAUUUCCAUGUUAGCAAAAUUUUUUCCAGGUAAACCUUGGAGUUCUACACAAGAAUGAACAAUAUGAAAAGGAUAUGAUUGACGUUGCUUCUUUCUUGCACAAGUAUGUUCCUGGGCAUGACGAGGCCUCCUCAAGCAAGCCAGUGAAGAUUUUAAGUGGAGGAGACUACCUAACCUUUGAAAGGCACAAGGAAGCCCAGUCUGCCAUGCAAGACGCAAGGACUCCUUCUGCAAGACUGGAAGGUCUUAUUCCCGAAGCUGGAGGACUUUCACACACAAAUGGAGUGGAUGCAAGUGAGAAUAAAUUGGAAAUGUAAUAACAGUAAUAAUCAGAGUGAAUGAAUUGGGAAUGAGUGCAUGAAUUUAUAUAUGCACUCAAUCUGUCAAUCUACGGUACCAUGGUGAUCAUUAUACAUGCUUGCCAUUCUGGAUACAGUACUGCAUAACUGUACCUACUGUAUUAGUGCAUAUACAACACCAACACAAUGAUAAAGUAAGGAUUCCCACUUCUGUACAAUUACUCAUACCUAAAAACAUUUUAAUAGUAUUUUUUUGCUGCAGGUAAUAUGGAAUCACCUGUACAACACCGGAUCAGCAAGAGAUGCUGGAGCAUUGUAUGCUAUGCGCAAUGCAAUUGAUGCAAGAAAUGUGUCCAAUGAUCCACACAACCGUUAUUAUGCUGCCAGUGAGUUUCUUGACAAGGUAACUGAUGCUUACUUGAUCAAUGGAGCACUUGAGCAUUUUGGCAUGACUGCUGUAGAUGGCGAGUGCAUAAGAAACAUACAUACUGGCGUGGCAUUAGACGAAGAUGAGAAGAAUAAAUUUGCAAUCAAAGUGAUAACUGACUUCCUUGAUGAGCAUGUUAUUUACAGUAUUCCAGAGUUACCAGAUACCGCUUGGCUGUGUCCAGAUUUGAAGUGUGGUGUAUGCGGCAAAGCGUAUAAGCGUCCAAGUUACCUAAAGAAACACGAAGAAAUGCAUGACAUCUAUGAGUCAGUGAGGCAGUUACCGAAAGAAAAGACGCAAGGCGAGGAAGACAAGGUAAGAAAUUAUACUCAUAAUCUUCUGGUAAUGCUACUCCUUCACCUAAAUCAUAAUGAUGCAAUCAAACUUGCCGAUGGUCCUUGUGUAAUCAGAAUUUACAAGUACUUUUGCUUAUAUUUCAAAGUGUCCAAUUGUCCCAAGUAUGCGUUUGCCAUGCUUCAACUCCAAGCCCAAGUGAACUGCCUCUUAAGUCGUAGGCUUGCCCACUCUCUGAUCAGGAAUCGCUUUGUCAACCAUCAAGGCAAAGUCGAUACCAAUCAUCCUAUGGACUUGGAAAUUGAACAUGACAAUAAAUCCUUUAAGAGUGACUGCCAUAGCUACCGUGGUGUGAUCACAGAAAAGACAACCAAUCGUCUUGGCCGAAGCACCGUACCUUCAGAUGCGGUUUUACAUAAUUUUGACGAUAUUUCCAAUGUAAAAAAGCCAUCUGGAAAGCACACUUUCACGUCCACAGAACAAGAUGUGUUAACACUUGUGGACCACUUGAUUCAAGCUAAGGUAUUCAGUAAUACACCUGGACGAGCACAUUCUGCGUUUGACGACAUUCCCAACAACCUGUUGGGUUCAAUUGAUUGGGAAAACCUAAAGACAUGGAUUGGGCAGUUUCGGCAAAAAACACUGCUACAAAAUCUAACAUUUUCAUAUAGUGGGACUCUGCAACUGUGUUCAACUGACUACAUCUGCCUUUGUCAAAAUGAAUCCAACAACAAAAACAUCAGCUCAUUUCUCAUACUGUAUUUGUAA